CACCUUUCUCUCUCUCCAGAAAAGAAGGAUACCAUGGCUUCCAGCUGGAUUCUGACCGCCCUUCUCUUCCUCUUCGUCGUUGUUUCUCCAUUGCUUGCUCUCUCUAAGAGAGACCCAGAAAGAGAGAGGCAGGAGAGACAGUGCAAGUCCGAGUGUGAGAGGUCUAGAGAGAGAGAGCGUGAGGUGAGGCAGUGCAAACAAGAGUGUGAGGAGAGGUAUAGGAGACAAAAAGGGCAGGGCAGGAAUAUAGAGGAGAGAGAGAGAGAGAGCGAGAGCGAGAGCGAGGGGAGACGGCGGGGAGUGACUGGUAAUCCUUAUGCCUUUGAGCGAGAUAGGUUUGUCAGAGACAUUAGCACUGAGCAUGGGAGUUUUAGGACUCUUCCUCCCUUCACCGAGAGGUCCGAAUUGUUUCGUGGUAUCGAGAACAAUCGUAUCUGCAUCAUGGAAUUGAAGCCUAAUGCAUUUGUUCUUCCUCACCACAAGGAUGCAGAUAUUAUCUACUAUGUUGCCAAUGGGGAUGCUAGAUUGGUUACGAUUGGUGAAGAGAGGCAGGAUUCACACAAUUUGAAGAAAGGAGAUACGGCGACAAUCCCUGCCGGAAAAACCACUUAUAUCAUUAACAAAGACAGCCAAAGAGAGCUAAAAAUUGUCGCACUCCUUCAAACCAUCUCAACACCAGGGCAAUACGAGAUCUUCUUUGGUGCCACAGGUCAGAACCCGCCUUCGUAUUUGAGGGCUUUCAGCGAUGAGAUCCUCGAGGCUUCCUUCAACGUUGAUAGGAGUCGACUGAGCCGCCUGUUGGAGCAAAAGGGUCAGGGUCCGAUUGUGCGACCUUCAAGUGAACAACUGCAAGGCUUGAUCCAUGGAGGUUCAGGUGGUGGUAAGUGGCCUUUCGGUGAAUCCGAAGAAUCGGAAAGGCCCUUCAAUCUCUUUAGCAGGCGCCCUCGGAUCUCUAACGACCAUGGCGAGCUCUAUGAGCUCGACGAGACUGAAUACUCACCCCUGAGGGAAUUCGACAUAGCCAUCUCCUUUGCUAAUAUCUCCCGCGGUUCACUAGAGGUUCCUUUCUACAACAGCCGAGCCACCGAGAUCUAUGUGAUUCUUGAAGGAAGAGCGCGCAUCGAGAUGGCAUGCCCUCAUGUCAGCGGUGGCCGCGAGCAAGAGGGCAGCAGGCGGGGACAGGGAGAGCAAGAGGGCAGCAGGCGGGGACAGAGAGAGCAAGAAGGCAGCAGGAGAGAGCAAGAACAAGAAGAGAGAGGGAAGGGGCAAGGGCAGGAAAUAAAGUAUCAUAAGAUCCGUAGUGACCUGAACCCUGAAGAUCUGUUCGUCGCCCCACCUUCUCACCCCAUCGCCAUUCGCGCUUCACAAGAGGAGAAUUUGCAGAUCAUUUGUUUCGAAAUCAAUGCUCGACGCAACCGCAAAUACUUCUUAGCAGGAAAGAACAGCAUUUUGAACCAAAUAGAGAGAGCAGCAAAGGAGGUGUCUUUCAACGUGCCAUCGAGGGAGGCGGAGGAGGUGCUACGAGCCCAGUCCGAUUCUGUUUUUGUGGUCGGUCCCCGCCAGCAGAGGGAGGGGAGAGAGGGGGAGGGCCGAGCUGUGGCUUAAAUCAAUAGCGGCGGAGAGAAGAGAGAAGGCGGAUUUUGGAGUGUUUGCAUCUAGUUUUGCUUAAUGUUUAUAUUAGUCUGAUGUUGCAAGGUACAUACACGUGUGGUCAUGUACAUAGUUCCUUUAAAACUACUACUUGCUUAACUAUGAGUGUAAAUAAGACAGACCGUGAUAAAUAAAGUCCGCCCACUUUCCCA